AUGGCCCUUUCCUCAUGGUUCAUCGAAAACGGAUACAAAAAGGGUGAUGUUAUUCUGCUGUACCUGACAAAUUGCUGGCAGUUUGCUGCGUGUUGUCUUGGAGCAUGGUCAGCCGGUAUAAUCGUGUCACCUGCCAGCAGCUCGUUUACUUCGUAUGAACUUCGUUAUCAGCUAGAAGAUUCGGAAGCAAAGAUGGUCAUGACGGAAGAAGCACUUUUAUCACGGGCGAAAGCUGCUUGUAAGGAUCAUCAUGAAGUGAGAAUCGCCUGUAUUUCGACGGGCGAUAAGGAUGUACUUGAUCUUAUGAAGAUAUUCACCACCUCGAACGCCAAUCCCGUGGCACCAGUGAAGAUUGACAUGGAACGGGUAGGUUCUAUUGAUUAG